AUGGCUACCAAGGUUUACGUUGGCAACCUCUCGUGGAACACCACGGAGGACAGCCUCAGCCGUGCUUUCUCUGCUCACGGACAGCUGACCGAUUACGUGAGUCUGGGCAUGUACUUGAGCAGUGCAAUUGGCGAUAUGUCAGCCUCUCAUUUGCCUCUGGGUCUCAGGAUCAAAGCUGAACGACGAAAGCACGGCGUGCCUCAUGCUUUCGAAUCCUUCCACCACGAUCUGACUCCUGCGUUCGCUUCUUCCCGAUUUCGUCUCCCGAUCCGUUCCUACAUCUUCUGCAGGUCGUCAUGCGUGACCGUGACACUGGCCGCUCUCGCGGUUUUGGAUUCGUGACCUUCUCGUCUCAACACGAGGCCGAUUCUGCCAUCGCUGCUCUUAACGAGACUGAGCUCGAUGGUCGUCGCAUUCGUGUCAACAUGGCCAACUCUCGUCCAGCUGGGUAAGUUGGAGCAGCUCGGCGCUCAGUCUCGCCAUCAACUCUUGUCGAUCACAGGACAACAUGAAUCUACAACAUGACCCGAAUCUGGUGUUGACGUGGUCUUCUCUUUUUCCCGUUUCGAUAUGUAGUGGCUUCCCCGGUGGCCAAGCUGGUGGUGCCGGUGGCUAUGGUGGGUACGGCAGUGGCUAUGGUGGCGGAGCCCCCGGGUUCGCUGGUGGGUAUCAUAAUCUCAUAGAGAUUAUGCACCACCAAGUGUGCUGACCUGAUCCUUGCAUCCCUCUACGCCUAGGCGGUGCAGGUGGCUACGGUCAGCAAGGCUACGGACAGCAGGGCUACGGUCAACAAGGCUACGGACAGCCCCAGCAGGGCUACGGACAAGGCUUCGGUGCUCCUCAGCAAGGCUUUGGCGGUGCCGCUACUGGCUUCGCUGGUGCUCAACAGGGCUUCGGCGGUGGACAGCAAGGCUUCGGUGGUGCCCAGCAGGGCUACGGCGCUCCCCAGGGCGGCUACGGCGGUGCACCCCAGGGUUACGGCGGGUGAGUUGACGCCCUUGACUCGAAGUCGCUGCCACGAAUCGAUCCUCAACAGGUCUACUUUCUUGGCCGCUCUCGCCUACAGCCCUCAGUAAGCGGCACGCUUAUUGCACUAUAAGUCGUCUUGAGGUCUAAUCGUUCUCGAGUCUCUUGCCAGUAAUGAUCACGAAUGA